CAGAACCUUCCUUCUGAGACAAAACACUUGUAGCAAAUAAUCCUAUCUGAAGAUCGUGAAUCAUCCACUUAGCUGAAAGCUCAGUGCAGUGUAGACUAUUACGACACACGAUCCGAGUUUGUUUUCCGAGUUUCCCUUUUCCGUACUUCACCCAGUCUUGCGGUAAGUCAGCUGAUUGCCAAUCGAGUUCUACUAGAACAUUCUCCGUAUUGCAGACUCUGCAGUUAUAAACACUACUGCUUGCUACCAGCUGAGCAUCAGUUUAUCUUAGCAUCACGGCAGCGGCAACACCAGUAACAGCAGCACCUACAACAAUCUUCAAAAUGAAGCCGGAAAGCGAUGUUCAGCUACCAGUGGCAGUGCAGGACAGCGAGAAGGUCGCCUAUGAAGAAAGUCUAAGUUCAGUUGAGCGACGCAGACUAUUCUCAAGGAGAACCAGCGAGGAUCUUAUCCAGCUGCAGACGCAAGUUCGCCCCGCAACACCAAUGACGAACCUGAGCGACACAGCGCUGAGUGCAUCUGAGCGCACCCAGCAAGCUGCUGCCUCUUCAACCCGCACACGUUCCAUUCUGAAAUCCAGCCGGCAAGGCCGUUCUCCGUCACCCACGAGACGUGUAACAUUCCAUGCCAAUGUUCUCGUGUGGGCUGCUGCUGAGGAUGGAGACCUGAAGACUGUCAAGACGUUACUCAACGCUGAGAAGCACAAUCGGGCGAAGCAGCCCAAUGAGAAGCCAACACUGGACAUCAACAUGUCGAAUCAUGAGAACGUCACCCUAUUGCAUCUUCUGUGCUUCCUCCGUGAUGUGGAUGCGGUGUCUUUGGUCGUUGAGCUGGGUGUGGAUAUCAACGCUAUCGAUCGUGAAGGCUGGUCGGCCUUGCACAUUGCCAUCGCUCUCAAUCUGCCUGAACUGUCUCGACUUCUCGUUCAAAGUGGAGCUGACACAGAGUUCACACAGGACAGUGGUGCUCUGGACUUAGCACGGGUAUCCGACAGUGCCCAUGUCAAGCCUCUAGUUGAAGAUCUCAAAGCUAUCAGCGCCAUCCAGUCAGCUCUCAGCUGAACACUGUCAAUGGACUUCCAGAUCACAGAAUGAGAACUGAAUGAUCGCUGAAUAUAUAUUUCCCAUACAAUUUCACCUUACCAUCAAAGACCACCACGUUUUGAGACAUUUUUCUUGUUACAAUCAUCAUUUUAUUGCCUUGACGCUUGAGAAGUUUCUGCUCACCUAUUUUAAUAAUUGUUUGGCAAAUCUCCUGGUCACACGAACAGCCAUACUGUUUUAUCCAGCUGACAUUUUUGUAUACGUACUAGUAGUAGUACUACCGAUUCUUCAUAAAAUGUGCCAAUUCUAAGCACAUAGAAGUAGACCUUGAGAAUGCAAUGAAGCUGGAAUGCAACAAUUCCAAAAUCAAA